AAACGUAUGAGCCUCACUUCCAGAUUGGAUAAAGCGCGCCUCUCUCGACGGGGACUGCAAGUCUCAGUCAUCAGCAGCUUGAGCACCAGCUAGCAAUGGAGCGCGUCAGUAAAUCGAGUGUAUCAUGCGCAGAAUGCAGAAGGUCCAAGCUGAAAUGUGAUAGGAUAUUUCCCUGCCAGUCUUGUAUAAGGAGAGGAUGUGCCCACCUAUGCCCUGAAGGAGAGUUGACUGCGAUCAGAACAAACCAAUCACUUGCCGACAACGUCAAGAAUCUCCGCGAAAAUGUACAGACCAUGGAAAUGCAGAUUGUGCUUAUGGAGCCGACUUUUCUAUAGUGGGUGGCUCGAGCCACAAAAGCUCCGACGUUCUGUCUGAAAGCAAUACCUAUCUGGAUGCUCUUAUUCCCCUUGAUGGAGAAUUUGCAUAUGUUCUGGACUACGAUCACCCUGCAAUGUCUAAGC